AUGCCCAGCUGGCCCACGGCGCUUGGGGGGAUGUUGUUUGCGGGCUACGCGGCAACACAGGCGCACAAGGUUGGGAUAGACUCACCGACGAGCCUUGUGGCAACGGCACUUAAGACGCUCAACCAUGAAAAUGGCCCUUCGUCAAGUGGACGAGUCUCAGGCAGCAGUGAGCUGUCAGUUCUCCAGGGCGAGGUCGACCGGUUGCACAAGUUGCUUUCAGAUGUGGUUCGUGGCCAGAAAAGCAACGGAUACACUGUCAUCCACACCGGUCGAGGCGGCUGGUCGGUCUACAUCCUUCCGGCGGCCGUGGUGGGCGGCGUUGUCUACCUGUACGUCAGGAUCCGCGGAGUUUCCAUAUCUGACUUCUUCAUGGUCACCAACAAGUCUCUGCAGUCGUUCCGGGAGCUGGUGUCGCAAAGCAUGACGCAGCUAUGGGAGGAGCUGCGCAAGCAGAAGGACGAGUUCAUCAAGCGCAUCGCGACGGUGGGCGAGCAGCAACAGGCCAUGAUGGCUCAGCAGACCCAGAUGGAUGAGAAGCUGCUCACCGUGUCGGAGAAGGUGGAGGAGAUCCGCGGCAUCUCUGACUCCAUAGAUACUCGCGUGUGCCAAAUGGACAACAGCAUAAAGCACAUGAGCACAGGCGUGCAGCGCGCCAAUGAGGGUAUCUACCUGCUGUGUGCAGCCGUGGCGGAGGUGACCCGCCGGGUCGGUAUGGACAACAGUCGGCUCAAGAGCUACGUGCAAGCUACGCCGCCGGAAAUCACGGACGGUAACCCCGGGCUGAGGACGCUUUUGGAAGGGUUUGGCAGCGGCGAGCAGCUGAUCGGGGGCCCGCCCGCACUCAGCCCCGCGCCCAGCGGCGCGGCGAGCAGCACACGGGGAGUGGCGAUUACGGAGGUUUCGGAAGUAGGCGAGGGCGGCGAGCUGGAGGUGGUGUUGGAGGGGGGAGCCGCGGGGAGCCGCGGCGCGGUGAACGCGAGCAAGGCGAGUUCGGCGGGUGAUGGUCUGCAUGUGCUGUAUCGUCGCAACUCGGCGGCCUCAAUGUCGGCGCGGAGCGGUGGCGGUGGCAGCGGGUUACUGGGUUCGAUUUGGAGCUCUCAGUCGGCCAACUUUUCCGGCUUCGGUGGUCCACAGCUGCUGGAACUGGCGAGCGCACAGCAGAGAGCGCCCGCAGCGGCGACCGAGCUGCGCCCCUGGAGGAGCCAGACGACGGAAGUACGGCGGUUCACGCUGCGGGCCAAGCAGGCGCGGCGCCCUGUGUCCGCCACCGCUGCUGCCGCUGCCGCUGCCGGGUUGCACUGUCCGCACCCUCCGCGGCCGCCGAAUCCUGCCAAGAGGACCUCAACCUCCGGAGAACAUAUGUACCCGUGCGCCUCACACACCGGCGAGCUUGGUGCCGUACUGCCGUACGACGCCAGCCGGCGUGGUUCCGUCGUGCUGCUACUGGACCUCGUGGACCUCAACGCGUCGCAGCCGCGUAACGCCGCCGCCGCCACCGCAGCCGCAGCUGUCGUGCCAUCUUGGCGGCAGCAGUCUCAUCAAGCGCCCGUCGCAGGACAGCCUAGCGGCGGCGACGGCGGCGACGGCGGCAACGGCGGCGGCGGCGGCCACUACCAGCCUCCCGAGCUGGUUUUGGAGCGACUGCAGCAGCAGCCUCCUGAGAGCUCGGAGUGGGGCCAGCGGCACCGUGGGGAAUUCAGGGGGGCGGCGGAGCGAGUGCGGGGCGGCGUGUGGGCGGAUCCGGGUAACUCGACGGCGGAGGCGCCGCUGUCCGUUGCAGCUCCUAGUUAUCUUCCUAUCGUACACCUGUACAUCCCGCCGCCGUCAGGGCAGUUGCCAUCGGAGCUGCCUCUAACACGACGGCCGUCGCCGGUUCUGCUGGAACCUCUCCGCUCAGCGUCGCGAGAGCACCAGCAACGUCGCCACGGAGCUCCGUCGCAAUCAGCUGACGGCGGCGGCGGCGGCGGCGGCGGCCGCGUCAGUGAGGUUGCGGCCGACGGAGGUCCCGCUGUCGCCGCGGCCUUCAAGACACAGAGCAGCGGCGGCAGCGGCUCCGCCGCCUGCGAAGCUUAUCGCUACGGCGGCCUUACUGGCGGCGGUGACGGCUCCUACGACAGCAGCAGCACGCAGGCCGACAGCCGACAGCGGCAGCGGCACAUGCAGCUGACGUCCAAUGUUCGAUUUCCUGUACCGGCAGAUGCUGGCGGCGGCGGCGGCGGCGGCAGCGGCGGCAGGGCAAGGGAACGCUUGCUGCGCGGCAUUCGGGUGCUAUCCACGCUGAUGCGACGGGGCGUCGAGCUGGGGGCCUCACAUACCCAGGUGGUGCCGUGCAAUGCUGGCGGCGGGAAGUGCGGCGGCGGCUGUAGCGGUAGCAGUAACGGCGGCGUCGGCGGUGCCGAUGGGUCUUGCAGGUCGGGGAGCCAGCCGCCGACGGCUCAACGGCUCAGCGGCGAGGAGGCUUGUACGGCAACCCCGGAGCAGCAACGGCAGCAGCUGCUGCUGGUGGAAGCUCUGAGGUCAUUGUACGACGAAUACGGAUGCCCAGAUGGUGGCGGCGGCGGCGGCGGCGGCGCUGCGUCAGCGCAGCGGGUUGCGUCGCAUGCCGGCUGCGCAAAGGACUGUGCCGUCAGCCGUCAGCCGGGAUGCGGGCAGCGGAGGGCGAGUCGCGGAGGGGACGAGGACGCGCACCCUGGGUAUCGGCGGCGGCGGCGCCUGGAGGGCCCUAUGUGCUGGCAGGAGCUUGGGAGCGAUGGCCUGGCCGCUGACGUAGCGACUCCCCCCAUCGCCGGGAGUUCACUUUCCAAAGCUGCGUCGAUGCCGUACGCCAGUAUGUCGUACAGCCAAACGGUGUGCGGCAGUACGGCCGCGGCAGCGGAGGCGGAGGCGGAGGCGGAGGCCGCUGAGUUAAGUUACGUGACCUGUGGUACCGGGGGGUUAGGCUUCGGCUUUGGCGGCGCCGGCGGCGGCGGCAGUGACAGCGUACGGCAUCGACAGCGGUCGACCUCGUCGCGGCGGCAACGGCGAAGCAAACACAUGCGUUCUAUGGUGUCGUCAUCGGUUUGUCCGUACGACGUGUUUUGGUCUGGGGAAGUCAUGGACACGCGGGGCCUGGACCUGUACGGCGUCGUUGCGCAGGGGCACGGGAACGGGAACGACAUGUACGGCAUUUCGUGGACUGCCACCAACACCACCGCGGCGGCGGCGACAGCGGCAGCGGCGGCGGCGUCACCGUUGGCGCUGGCGGAAGGCGAAACGACGGGCGGACUGAACGAGGCGUUGUUUUUCGAACGCACGGGUGACGUUGACGCCGGCGACGGCGACGGCGCCCCUGACAAGAGCGGUGACGUCAGCCCCCGCUGCGAGGUGGUGCCGUACAAUCCAUUGCUACUGCAGCGGGUAUCAAGCUCCAUUAUUGAACGUGCCGCUGUUAUGUGUGCGGCAGCUGCUGCCACCACGACGCCGUCAGAUCAGCGACUGGAGCUGGAGGCCGCUGCCGCCGUCGGCAUCACUGGCGGCGCCGACGUUGUGUACGGCAGACCCACGGGUCCUUACGCGGCCGCAUGUCACAAUGACACGGACAGAGACUCGAUACGUCCUCCAGGCCUCUAUCGGGGCCCGUAUGAAGCAAUAUCUGCCACCACCUUGCCGCCGCCGGCGCCGCCGCCACCGUCGCCGCUGCUAACGAGCCGUCCACCUUCCGUUGCCAAUUUCGCACCCGAUGAGGCGCCAUUACCUGCCGCCGCCGCCGCCGCCGCCGCCGCAGCUGGCGGCGCCACUGGCAGCAGCUUGCAAUACGACAUGGGCAGCGGCGGGAAUGUGUGGUUCGGCGGCGCGCUGUACGCCUGCCUGCCUGCGGUCAGCUGGUACGACACCACCCUGGUUUCAGAGCUGCUGCAAAGCCGGACGACGGCGACGAGUACGCUGUUGGACAGCGGGGUACGCGACGGCGAUACCGCUGCCGGCGUCGGCGUCGGGGCUGACCUGCCGGCGCAGACGCUGGCGCCGCUACCUGCUGAUGCGCUGCACGACCUGGGCUUAUGGCUGCAGUACAUUUCCUGUGUGCCAAUGCCUCCGCUGGGCCCCAGCCCUCCCCCCACGGCCGUACUGCCGCUGCCGAUGCCGCCGCUACCCCUGCACCCGCGACCUCACGAUUUCAUCUCGGCGGCGGCGACGGCGGCCAGUCAGCAGCCAACUGGCGGCGGCGAUGGCGCCGCCGCCAGCAGACGCGGCGGCGAGGACGUGGCGCAGCUGUUGCCGCUGCGGUAUGAUGCCGUACCGUCGGCACGUGAGGUCGCGCGGCAGCGGCGCCGCGAGAGCGGCGGCGGCGGCAGCGAACAUCCGCAUCGCCAUUUCGAUAGCGCCGCCACCAUGUACGGCGUCGGUGUCAGCGGCAGCGAUGCGCCGCUACCGCCGCUUCUUCCGCCGCCGUCGCCCCCACAACCGGCGCCGUCAAGCUCCGCUCCUGCAGCCCCAUCGCCGCCGCCGCCGCCUCAGCAGCGACAACAACCGCUAUCCUUAAACCGUCACAUCACACGUCGCGCCUCCGUCGCUGCCGCCGCCGCUGGCGGCGGCCCCGACCCAACCGGCAGUAGCGCUCACAACCUCGCUGCCGUCCUGCCCAGAGCUACAGCUACAGUCCGGGCAAGCGCCGAAGCGCCAUUGGGGUUCUUCACGUUCUCCAACACCUUUCCGGAUAUCCUUGCGCCGCUACCGUUACCGCUGCCGCCGCCGCCGCCGCUGCCGUACACGGGCUUUUCCGGCAAUGGCCCCCACGAUGGUAUACUCCCGCUCUCCUCUGUCGUACCACCACAGAGCGCUGUGGGCCCGGCGGCGAGGCCCCGUCGCAACAUCAGCUUCAGCACCCCCGUCGGCCUUGUCAGCGACACCGCGCUGGCGCCGCCGCCAGCUGCAAUGACGGCGGCGGGGACGAUGACGUCACGCGACGGUAGCGUUGCCGUCUUGGAGAGUGGGGGGGCCGCCGUGCCGUUAGUGCUGCGAACAUCAGCCAGCAGCGCCGGCGGCGCCGGCGAGUACGGCACGUUUCUGGGACCGCGCACGACAGCGGAAUUCGAACAUUUGCUGAUGGGGUCUCUCUCUCCGCCGCCGCCGCCGUUGGGGUUCCUGGCCGCCGCCACUCCCGGCACCGUAUCUGGCCCGGUGCCCUCCGCCAGGACGGCUACCGCUACCACCGCCGCAGCUACCGCCGCCGCCAGUUUGCCUGCGCACGUCUCGUCGUCUAGGCCGGUGUCGUCCGCUACGGUGGCGGCGUCAGCCGCCGCCGCCGCCGCCGCCGCGACCGCGGUGUCGGCAGCGGCAGGCUCCCGUCUGCAUGCGUUCCACGACAGCGCCGUCGACAUCACCGUACCCGUACUGCCGGGCUCCGUGGAUCUGGCGGCCCUGGUUUCGGAGCUACAGCGGCGUCCCGAAUACGGACAGCGCAUGCAGGACAUGGCCGCGGGCCUCCUAGCGUGGCUGUGCCAGGCAGGGCGGCCGGUGGCGGCAGGCACCGUACUGGGGGGCCUGGUACGGCAUCGGGGCAUGCGAUUUAUAGACGUGUGUACGGAAGUACGGCAGCUGCCAGAGUACGGCGGCAUGUCGCUGCUACACCUGGCGGUGAAUUCUGGCUCCCGCGCGAUGCUGUCGGCGAUGGCGGAGUGGGCUCAAAGCUAUGGGUCGCCGCUGGCGUGGGACGAGCCGAGCGCCGCUGGCGUAACGCCUGCUCAUCUGGCUGCGGCCCUGGCGGUGACCCGUGGGUCAGAGAUUGCUGGGAAUGCAACGUCGCCCGGCAACAGCGGCGCGAAUGGUGGCGGCGGGCUCGCUGUGGAUGAGUCAGGUCUGAGGACGCUGACGUGGCUGCUGCAGCGCUUCCCCGCAGCACGUGGCACGUUUUUUACCGCACUUGACGCGUACGGCAGCACGCCCGGCGCCAUAUUGUCGUACCAGCUGGCCAGCUUGGCGCCAGAUGCGGCUAACGCCGUACGCGCGGCGCUGCAGCCAUUGCUGGGUCCCUGGGAGAUCUGGGCCACCCCACCGCCGCCGCAGCAGCAGCCGCCGGAGAUCCCCAGUGUCACAGCGCCGUCGUCGCCGACCCGUGGGUCCGUGGACACCCCUCUUAAUAGAAAUAGGGAGUGGGGGAUAAUGGGAUGGAGGAUUGGUCGCCGUACAGUUGACGUGCGCAAUGGAAACGUCCGUGAUGGUGUGGGUACGGCGGCCCUCUCAACGGACCUAGUACGUCGGCUGGUUGCCGUUGUACGACAAACGAUGAUUGCCAUCGUACAGCCGGACGGGCAACCACUCGUCGUCGUACCAGGCAACCAAAUGGGUCCGGAGGAGGCGGCGGCUGCCUUGGUGCUGUUGAUGUUGGUGGUGGCGGCAGUGCUGCUGCUGUUUGUAAUGGUGGUGAUGAUGGUGCUCGGGCCGGUGAUGGUGAUGUCCUCCGGCCGGGUUGUGGAUGUGGGAGGGGGUGCGGGUGCGGGUGCGGGCGUGAGGUGGUCUCCAUAAAACGAGCCCAUGUCCAUCACGUGAUAUGAAGGCCCCUUUCAGUCCAAAAAGAAGCCGUCUCCGUAAAAUGAAACAUAAACAUCACGUGAUAUGAAGGCCCCUUUCAGUCCAAAAAGAAGCCGUCUCCGUAAAAUGAAACAUAAACAUCACGUGAUAUGAAGGCCCCUUUCAGUCCAAAAUUAAGCCUUUUCAUAAUGUCCAUCGCGCCAUAUGGACACGCCUCCAAUCCUAACUAGUAAGGCGUGUUCUUAUCACAUGAUGAACAGCGUCUAGAUACGGAUUUGCUUAUAAGCCAAGCCGUCUCAAGACCCUGUCCACCAUGUGAUAAGAACACGCCUUCAGCCCUAAAAAAAGGCACCUCCACAAAACAAGACAAUGCAGCUGUCCAUCACAUUGCGUGUGCAUUCAUCCCAAAAUAAACGUGCAGCCAUUACCACCGUCGUUUCUUGCCCCCCUUCCCCUUCGCCUUUGUUUCCAUGAUCCGCUUCAGUCAAGACGACAUCAGGUGCAGAACGGCUGCGCUUUGAGGCGGCCUUUGCUGUCAUCAUGGCUGUUGCAAUCUCCACCGCCCACAUCUGUCGCCCACUGCUUCACC